AUGGUGUCCCAGCUUAUUCGGAAAUCACCGAAGAAGAAUUGCGCCCUAGAUCCUAUGCCUACAUCACUCAUAGUCAAGAGUCUAAAUGAACUGCUACCUGUCAUUACCUGCAUGAUCAACUCCUCCCUCUUGCUAGGUUAUUUUCCCUCUGCUUGGAAAUCCACCCUUGUCGAUCCAAGACUCAAGAAAACCGGUCAACCUGCAUCGCUAUCAAAUUUAAGACCAAUAAGUAACCUCCAAUUUGUAUCUAAACUGACGGAAAGAGCUGUAAGUGACCAGACACUUGAAUACAUUAAAUGUUCAGAUAUAUACCCAAUCCUACAAUCAGCAUAUCGAGCUGGUCAUAGUACGGAAACAGCCUUACUAAAAGUACAUAAUGACAUCAUGUGCUCUAUGGACCAACAAAGAGUCUCACGACUAUUACUUUUAGACUCGUGCGCUGCAUUUGACACUGUAGAUCAUCAAGCAUGUUAUUACGUCGUCUUGUGGUCAGCUUUGGAAUAA